CAGAUAGAAGGACUAUAAAAGUACAUAUGAUAAUGCAUACUGGUCAGAAGCCCUACAAAUGUACCAUGUGUGACAAGAGUUUUACACAGAGGAGUAAUAUGAUAUGUCAUCAAAGUUCCCACAGUGGACAGAAGCCCUACCAAUGUAGUGUGUGUGACAAGAGGUUUGCAUGGAAAAGUACUAUGGUACUUCAUCAGCAUAUCCACACAGGGCACAAACCCUACAAAUGCGCCAUGUGUGACAAGAGUUUUACGUGCAAAAGCACUAUGAAAAAUCAUCAGUCAAUCCACUCUGGAGAGAAACCUUAUAAAUGUAAUGUGUGUAGCAAGAGCUUUAAAUACAAAAGUAGUAUGACAUGUCAUCAGAGGAUCCACACUGGACACAAACCCUAUAAAUGUGCCACUUGUGACAAGAGUUUUGUAAAGAAAAGUCAGAUGGUAAGUCAUCAGCGUACCCACACAGGACAGAAACCGUACAAGUGCACCACAUGUGACAAGAAGUUUGCACAGAAGAGUCAGAUGGUAAGUCAUCAGCGUACUCACACUGGACAGAAAAACUACAUAUGUGCCACAUGUGGUAAGGGUUUUGGGCACAAGAGUAAUAUGAAUAAACAUCAGAAAACACACUCUGGGCAGAAACCCUAUAAGUGCACCAUAUGUGACAAGACUUUUACACAGAAGGGUACCAUGGUUAAACACCAACUUAUACACACUAGAGAGAAUACCUAUAAAUGCACCAUCUGUGAAAAGAGUUUUGCACAGAAGAAACAGAUGGUAAGUCAUCAGAGUAUCCACAUGGGACAGAAAAUCUACAAGUGUGCCACAUGCGGUAAGGGUUUUGAGCACAAGAGUAAUAUGCAUAGGCAUCAGAGUACACACACAGGGCUGAAACCCUAUAAGUGCACCAUGUGCGAAAAGACAUUUUCACAGAAGGGUAACAUGGUAAAACACCAACAUAUACACACUGGAGAGAAGCCCUAUUAA